AGGACGUGCAAGAGGAGACCGCUGGAGAGAGAAGAAAGGAGAGGAGAGGGGAGGACAGAGUCCCCGAACCGGCACCGUUUCAUACAGAGUUUUAUUUAUUCAGUAUUAAGUUUAAAAAGGGAAGAUGGCUCAGACAGACAACAAGAAGUUCUUUGAGAACCUGACGGGCGCUGGGAAAGCCAUAGCAGUGCUGACGAGCGGAGGAGAUGCGCAAGGAAUGAAUGCUGCUGUUCGGGCUGUGGUCCGAAUGGGAAUAUAUGUUGGAGCCAAAGUGUACUUCGUUCAUGAGGGAUAUCAGGGUAUGGUGGAUGGAGGCGACAACAUCAAGGAGGCGACAUGGGAGAGUGUGUCCAGCAUGCUGCAAAUGGGAGGCACUGUUAUCGGCAGCGCACGAUGCAAAGAUUUCCGCACGCACGAAGGUCGUCUGAAGGCGGCUCAUAACCUGGUGCAGAAGGGCAUCACUAACCUGUGUGUGGUUGGUGGAGACGGCAGCUUGACCGGGGCCAAUCUGUUCAGAGAGGAGUGGAGCGGGCUGCUGGCAGAGCUGGUCCAGCAAGGUCUGAUCGAUGAGGAGGCAGCUCAGAAAUACUCUGCUCUUCACAUUGUGGGCAUGGUGGGCUCUAUCGACAAUGACUUCUGUGGCACCGACAUGACAAUAGGAACAGACUCAGCCCUCCACAGAAUCAUCGAGGUGGUGGAUGCGAUCAUGACUACAGCUCAGAGUCACCAGAGGACAUUUGUGCUGGAGGUGAUGGGCAGGCAUUGUGGCUAUCUGGCAUUGGUGAGUGCCCUGGCAUGUGGAGCCGACUGGGUGUUGAUUCCUGAAAUGCCCCCCGAGGAUGGCUGGGAAGAGAAAAUGUGUCAAAAACUCUCUGCGACGCGAUCCAGAGGUUCAAGGUUGAACAUAAUCAUAGUCGCUGAAGGAGCCAUUGACAGACAUGGAAAAGCUAUUACUUCUAGUAUAGUCAAGGAUAAACGGGCAGGAAUGAAAAGGCUGAAUAUCAUAAUAGUAGCUGAAGGUGCGAUUGAUCGUAACAACAAGGCCAUUACCUCAGAACAUGUAAAGAAUGCCAGUCGUAUGGGUGUGGAGGCGGUUCUGGCGCUGCUUGAGACCACUGCAAACACGGCAGCCUACGUGGUGUCUCUGUGUGGGAACCAGUCUGUGCGGCUGCCCCUCAUGGAGUGUGUGCAGAUGACUCAGGAGGUGCAGAAGGCCAUGGAUGAGAAAAGAUUUGAAGAGGCCGUGAGGCUACGUGGCAGCAGCUUUGAGAACAAUCUGAAGACUUACAAACUGCUGGCUCACCGCAAACCAGAGUCUGAGCUUCCACACAGCGAUUUUAAUGUGGCUGUGUUGAACGUGGGCGCCCCUGCCGCCGGCAUGAACGCCGCCGUGCGCUCUGCUGUCAGAGUGGGCAUCUCCGAGGGACACAAAAUGUUCGCUGUCAGCGACGGAUUUGAAGGAUUCAGUAAGGGACAGAUAAGAGAGAUCAAAUGGGCAGAUGUAGGCGGAUGGACGGGUCAGGGUGGAUCCCUGUUGGGAACUAAACGAACGCUUCCUGCAAAGCACAUUGACAAAAUUGCAGAACAGAUGCGAAAGUAUAACAUAAAUGCACUCUUAGUGAUCGGAGGAUUUGAGGCCUUACUGGGGAUCAUGGAGUUGUUAGCAGCCCGCGGGACUUAUGAUGAGUUGUGUGUGCCAAUGGUCAUGGUGCCGGCCACAGUCUCCAACAAUGUGCCCGGCUCAGAUCUCAGCAUUGGUGCAGACACGGCUCUGAACGCUAUCACUGAUACAUGUGACCGUAUAAAGCAGUCUGCCAGCGGAACGAAGCACCGCGUGUUCAUCAUCGAGACCAUGGGAGGUUACUGUGGUUAUCUGGCCAGUGUUGGUGGACUGGCGGCUGGAGCGGAUGCUGCAUAUAUCUUUGAGGAGCCGUUUGACAUCAGAGACCUACAGUCUAACGUAGAGCACUUGACAGAGAAAAUGAAGACCAGCAUUCAGAGAGGACUAGUCCUGAGGAAUGAGAACAGUAAUGAAAACUACACCACAGACUUCAUCUAUCAGCUCUACUCCGAGGAGGGCAAGGGAGUGUUUGACUGCAGGAAGAAUGUUCUGGGUCACAUGCAGCAGGGUGGUGCUCCUUCUCCAUUUGACCGUAACUUUGGGACCAAAAUCGCUGCCAAGGCCAUGCAGUGGAUCACCAAGAAGCUGAAUGAAAGCUACAGAAAAGGGAGAGUGUUUGCUAACACAGAAGACUCGGCCUGUUUGCUGGGCAUGCGGUGGCGUGCGAUGGUCUUCCAGCCUGUGGUUCAGCUCAAAGACAAGACCGACUUUGUUCACAGAAUCCCUAACGAACAGUGGUGGCUGAAGUUACGUCCACUCAUGAAGAUCCUGGCCAAGUACAAGACCAGCUACGACGUGUCAGACUCUGGACAGCUGGAACAUGUGGUCCUCAACCGACCCAAAGAGUCUGAGGCCAUGGCUGCCAUUUAAACGCAUCCAAACAGUGGCGCUGUUCAAAGGUCACGCUUUAGACGGGCCGUCUGUCCUGCGAGCGCUGUCCUCGACACUUUUGAUCUCUGGGCCUCGGCACAUUGUUCUGUCAACACUUUGUUUGAAAAAUGUCACCCACAGAAAUCAAUGUUAAUCGUAGGAGAGUGUGAGAAGCAGUGGCGUUUCGUUUUGCUGUUUUAUGUCCUUCGCUCCUGUCGCCCCCACUGUCACCUCGUCACCUUGCAAUAGUGUUCCGCUUCAAAGCACAUUUCUCUCUCUCUCUCUGAAGUUCUCGGAAAGAAGUCAAAAUUCCUUGUUCCGGUGUGAAGCGCCAUGAAGUCCACAUCGCUAGAGCACCGAUUGAUGUUUGAAUGUAUUGCAUCAUCAAGUGUUAACAUUUGCCUGACCAAUAAAGACCACGAUCACGUG